AGGGCCCGCCAUCUUGUGCGGCAGCGAGCAGGGCGCGGGGGGCCCGGUAGCAUCCGCGCAGGAUCCCGCCGACGGGGGCCCAUCAUGCCCGGACACCUGCAGGAGGGCUUCGGGUGCGUCGUCACCAACCGCUUCGAUCAGCUCUUCGAUGACGAGUCCGACCCCUUCGAGGUGCUGCGCGCGGCGGAGAGCCGGAGGAAGGAGAGCGGCGGCGGCGGCGGCGGGAGCCAAGCGGGCGGCGGGGCCCGCGGCCCGGCGGGCGCCCAGAGCGGCUCCUCGGGCGGCGCCGGCGGAGCAGGCCAGGCGGGCGGCGGCGCGGGCAGCGCGGCCAAGCAGCUGCGCAGGGAGUCGCAGAAGGAGCGCAAGAACCCGCUGCCGCCCUUCGCCGGCGGAGACCGCCGGGAGGAUGGCGGGGGCCAGCCCGGAGCGCCGCUGCGGAAGGAGGGGAUAAGGAGGAUUGGCAGGAGGCCUGAUCAGCAGCAGCAGCAACAGCAGCAGGGCGAAGGCAAACCCAUCGACAGGAGACCCGAGCGACGACCUCCCCGCGAGCGCCGCUUCGAGAAACCCGCCGAGGAGAAGGGCGAGGGAGGAGAGUUCUCUGUGGAUAAACCCAUCCUGGACCGACCCAUGCGUGGACGUGGAGGCCUGGGCCGGGGCCGUGGCCGCGGGCGCGGGAUGGGCCGAGGAGAUGGGUUUGACUCUCGUGGCAAACGGGAAUUUGACAGACACAGUGGCAGCGAUAGAUCUUCUGUUUCACAUUCACAUUUCAGCGGCCUAAAGCACGAGGACAAGCGCGGUGGCAGCGGAUCACACAACUGGGGAACCGUCAAAGACGAGCUAACUGAAUUGGAUCAGUCAGCUGUAACUGAGGAAACGCCGGAGGGAGAGGAGCAUCCGCCUGCUGAUUCUGAAAAUAAAGAGAAUGAGGUUGAAGAAGUUAAGGAAGAAGGCCCCAAGGAGAUGACCCUGGAUGAGUGGAAAGCCAUUCAAAGCAAGGAUCGUGCAAAAGUCGAGUUCAACAUCCGCAAACCAAACGAGGGAGCUGACGGGCAGUGGAAAAAAGGAUUUGUGCUCCACAAGUCAAAGAGUGAGGAGACAAAGGCGAUGACAGAAAUGCAGGGGAGUCUGCUGGAUUCAAAUGAGGCUCACGCUGAGGACUCGGUCAUGGAUCACCACUUCCGCAAGCCCGCCAACGACAUCACGUCCCAGCUGGAGAUCAACUUUGGAGACCUGGGCCGCCCCGGGCGCGGCGGCAGAGGGGGCCGGGGGGGCCGGGGCCGCGGGGGCAGGGCCAGCCGUGGAGGCAGGACCGACAAGUUGGUCAAGGAGUUUGAUGUGAUCCACACGCCCAACCAGUCAAGUGCUUCUGCUCCUGACGUAGAUGACCCAGAGGCUUUCCCAGCUCUGUCCUAAACUGGAUGUCAUAAAGCCAACCCUGCCCUGGUCGGGCCUUCCUCUCCGAGGCUUGCAUGCUUAAGGAUCCUAAAACAACUAAGAAAUUGAAAAAAAAAAAACAAAACAAAAAAAAAGAGACUGUCAUUCAUACCAUUCACACCUAAAGACUGAAUUUUAUCUGUUUUGAAAAUGAACUUCUCUCGCUACACAGAAGCAACAAUAUGGUAGUCAAGUUUUGUAUCUAGAAAUGUAAUGGUAGCAGGGAUGUUUUCAUAAUUUUUUCAGAGAUUAUGCAUUCUUCAUGGAUACUUUUUUGUAUUGCUGCUUGAAAAUAUGCGUUUCCAAACUUGAAAUAUAGGUGUGAACAGUGUGUACCAGUUAAAAGCUUUCCCUUCA